CUUUUACUGUCAGUUCACGUUUGUUAAAGGAAACGGUGUAGCUUUGCAGCUUGUCUCUCAUUUUACCCUUAUUAGGGUUCAGAUCUAAUCAGCGACAUAAUGGCAGAAGCAAUUCAGAAGAAAUUGAAGUCAGAACUGGAAAAAUAUCAGGAGAUGCAAAAAGAUGUCAGUAAAAGCAUGUCAGCCAGACAUAAACUUGAGACUCAGUUGACAGAGAACAACAUUGUCAAAGAGGAGCUGGAUCUGCUGGACAGUGAGAACACAGUUUACAAGCUCAUUGGACCAGUGCUGGUGAAACAAGAUCUGGAUGAAGCCAAAGCAACAGUUAGCAAGAGGCUGGAAUACAUUAAUGGCGAAAUCCAGCGCUAUGAGACGCUACUGAAAGAGAUGGAGCGUAAGUUGGAUCAGCACCGCGAGGUGCUUUCCAGCCUCCAGCAGGAGUACCAGCGAGCCCAGGGCCGUCCUGUUGGGAAAGUCUGAUGGAUGGACAGAUGGACACAGACUUUGACAGAAAAGAACAGUCCCCAUAUUGAAACAGUUCUGCUGCCCCAUUAAAACACAUGGACUGACUGACUGACUUGCAUAAGCCUACUCACCCACCGUCCUGCACAGCAGUACAGGAUAUCUACGCCUGAUUUUUUUUUGUUGUUGCCCUUGUCGUUAUCAAUAAAGUUGUUUCAUUAUUUA